UAAAAAAUGAUAAAAAAGUACACGAGCCCACAAAAUAAAACCGAAUCCCCAGAAUUGGUGAAAUCGAAAGUAGAAGUUCGGUAGAAAAUUAUUUGGGUUCUCAUUUGAAAAUGACGAGUUUCAAACAAAAUCUUCAUUUGCCCUUUGUAGCUGUACUUGAAUUCCAAGCCACAAGCCAAGCAUAGAUCAUAUAUUAUUAUUCCGCUUUCCUUUUCUCUUUCGCUGGGGGAGAUGAGUUUUAUUGCGUAGAGUAAAAAGAUGAUGCAGAACUCUCCGAUGUCAACAGUACAUACGUUAAAAUAAUAUGAUGUACUCAUCGGAGUAGGAAAGCUUACAUACGUAUCUAUUGUUAAACAAACACCAGCAUAAAUAAAUAGUAUUGGGCCAUUCGGAUUAGUCAGCUCAAGAAAAGGGGAUUUUUUUUUUCUUUUUCAUUUCAUUUCUACUUUCUGGUAGCCGCAGAUGAGGUCUGGGGCUCUUCGGAGAAUGUUUUUUGUUCAAGCGCAUUAACUCUCUUGAGAUUAUAAUCCAUCUCUAAAAGAUUCAAUCUUUUUCAAAAUCCAUAUUGUAUCCAUACAGAAGUACACAAAAUAGAGAUAUAGAGAGAGAGAGAGAGAUAGGGAGAGAUGAAGGAGCUGUUUGGGAGCCCAGGAAGGAAAAGUGGGCUGAUUUUAAGAAUUGGGCAGUGUUUGUUUGCAGGUGCUUCAAUUGCAGUUAUGGCCUCUGCUUCUGGCUUCUCCACCACCACUGCUUUCUGCUACUUAAUUGCAUCAAUGGGGCUUCAAGUUCUGUGGAGUUUUGGACUUGUGUGCCUUGACAUACAUGCUUUGAGGUUCAACAAGGACCUUCAUACCAACAUCAUUGUGAGCCUGUUCGUUGUUGGCGAUUGGUUGAAUUUAGUAGUAGAAUACUCGAGCCACGAAACAUUUCUUAUGCAGAUGAUAGAAAUGGUGACUGCUACUCUAUCUCUUGCAGCUGCAUGCUCGUCUGCUGGUGUUAUGGUACUUUUCACGAAAGAUACAAAUAUAUGCAGGCUAGAUACCAGUCUAUCGUGCAACAUGUUCCAGAUAUCCAUUGCUUUUGCUUUUCUAUCAUGGUUUCUUCUUGCCAUAUCAUCAUACGUCAUGUUUUUGCUUGUCGCGUCAUUUUAAACAGUUUCUUGUCAAUAACUUUAACACAUGACGACUUGAUCACGCACGCAAUGUAUAUAUUGUCGCUUUUUGAUGAGUUCCAUGAUGAACAUUUGUCAAUUU